UAUGUAUCUUUCGUGAAUAUCACUACUACUACUACUACUACUACUACUACUACUACUACUACUACUACUACUACUACUACUACUACUACUACUACUACUACUACUACUACUACUACUACUACUACUACUACUACUACUACUACUACUACUACUACUACUACUACUACUACUACUACUACUACUACUACUACUACUACUACUACUACUACUACUACUACUACUACUACUACUACUACUACUACUACUACUACUACUACUACUACUACUACUACUACUACUACUACUACUACUACUACUACUACUACUACUACUACUACUACUACUACUACUACUACUACUACUACUACUACUACUACUACUACUACUACUACUACUACUACUACUACUACUACUACUACUACUACUACUACUACUACUACUACUACUACUACUACUACUACUACUACUACUACUACUACUACUACUACUACUACUACUACUACUACUACUACUACUACUACUACUACUACUACUACUACUACUACUACUACUACUACUACUACUACUACUACUACUACUACUACUACUACUACUACUACUACUACUACUACUACUACUACUACUACUACUACUACUACUACUACUACUACUACUACUACUACUACUACUACUACUACUACUACUACUACUACUACUACUACUACUACUACUACUACUACUACUACUACUACUACUACUACUACUACUACUACUACUACUACUACUACUACUACUACUACUACUACUACUACUACUACUACUACUACUACUACUACUACUACUACUACUACUACUACUACUACUACUACUACUACUACUACUACUACUACUACUACUACUACUACUACUACUACUACUACUACUACUACUACUACUACUACUACUACUACUACUACUACUACUACUACUACUACUACUACUACUACUACUACUCCUACUACUACUACUACUACUACUACUACUACUACUACUACUACUACUACUACUACUACUACUACUACUACUACUACUACUACUACUACUACUACUACUACUACUACUACUACUACUACUACUACUACUACUACUACUACUACUAUACUUGUUGCAUAG